GCUUUUACUAGAAAAAUAAAAUAUCUAAAUAAAAAAAUUGUAUCUCUCUCUCUCUCUCUCUCUCUCUAUUGUUCGUCUCGAGAGACACCUUCCCCAUUUCGUUUUGUUUCAGUGCGUGCAAAAUGGCAAUCUCGCUCCGUGCCAGCUUCUCUCCGAGUUGUGUGUCUCCUCAAUCUCCAGGUAGGCUCUGCAAAUACACCGGUCAAUCCGUGAGAGCGCUCCCGGUACGCUUUUUAACAGUUGGGAAAAAGAGGUUAAGCGGUGUGCAGCUAUUAGUGGACGAGUACAUUGAGAAGUUGAGAUGUUACUGCGCUGUUGAGGAUGUUCAAGUCCGCUCAAAUCCUAAGAAUGCUCGCAGUGAUGUGAAGGCUCAAAUUGAAGAUGAAGACAUGGCUGUCAUGAGCCUCAUCAGGUCUGAUGAUUGGGUUGUGAUGUUGGAUGAGCAUGGCCUAGACAUCAGGUCUGAGGAAAUGGCAGAGCUGGUGGGGGAUGCUGGGAAUACAGGAGCUUCAAGAUUAUCAUUUUGCAUCGGUGGGCCUUAUGGUCAUGGAAGACUUCUGAGAGAAAGGGCAAACAUAUCAAUUAAGUUGUCCUCUUUGGUCUUAAAUCAUCAAAUUGCAUUGGUCGUGCUGAUAGAGCAACUUUAUAGGGCCUGGACUAUUCUUAAAGGGUUGAAGUACCAUCACUAGAGAUUUUCACCUCAUUUAUUGCAACCAUGCUAUAGAGUGUUUGCUUAAUGUGCACAACUCUUAAGUCUUCCUAUAUGAGAAAUUCCUUUCCCCAGAAGGAUACCAGUCUUGCGAUAUAUAUGGUAGACCCAGGGUAGGGGUUGACAGACUCCAUCUACCAAUUCAGAUGAAUAUAUUUGCCUGGGAAUUUAGAUGGUGUAAUGGCAUGGAGUUAGUUGCAAGGGAAUGCUAUGGAAAUUAAUAACUAUUGUUGGCACAUUCUCUCACAGAACUGGCUAACACUAGAAGAAAUCAAGAGUGAGAUAGAGAUAUCCCACCAAUUAUUUUAUAGAAAAUUUCUCGCUAAAUUUCACAUAGCUUCUACUGCCUCAGUUAUAAAUCAAGAUUCUUCUUAAUAUAAAUUUAUUGAUGCAGGUUUUAUUUUAGCUGCUAAUUAUUAUUGAUUUAAUGCAAAUACAAUAUUUUGGUGAA